ACCGGGACUUAGUCUCCGCGCGGUGAGCUGGACCAGUUCAAUUUGAGGCAGCUCCUUGGUGCGAGUACAACUCAAAUUAUAAAACUCUGAAAGGCGAAGUGCGCAGUGGGAAACACCUAUAAUCGAAUAUCCGUAAAAAAAUGAGCUUUGAUCAUCUCUCCCAGGUCAACGCAGAUUGUCGGCUGAACGAUUCUCAUAAGUCCAGUAAAAGUGAAGAAAAACACAAACAUAAAGAACACAAGCACAAGUCAAAGGAUCGAGAUAAGGAUCGUGAGAAACCGAAGCACAGCUCCUCCAGUUCCAAGAAUCAUAGCAACAGUGAGCACAAAGAUCCCUCGGAAAAAAAACACAAGGAUAAAGAAAGGGAAAAGGACAGAGUAAAGCACAGAGAUGGGAGCUCUGACAAACACAAACACAAGGACAAAGAGAAAAGAAAGGAAGAAAAGGACAAGAUUCACACCUCAAGUAGCAGUUCUGGAGACAAAGUCAAGAAAGAGAAUGGUUUCACAAGCCCUCCUCGUAUAAAGGAAGAGCCAGACGAUGAUUAUGUUCCGUCCAUUAAGGUGGAAAAUAAGCCGAUGAAGAGAGUCCAUGAAGAUGACGAUACUGAUUUUAAACCCAAGAAGAUCAAAACCGAAGAUGCAAAGAAAGCCAAAAAGCGAAAACCUGAAAUGGGAUCAAACAAAAAAUCUAAAGUCAAAGAGGAAGGUGAUGGACAAGGAAAAAAGAAGAAGAAAAAAGAGGAAGAGAAUAAAUGGAAAUGGUGGGAAGAAGAACGUUAUACGGAUGGUGUGAAAUGGAAAUUUUUGGAACACAAGGGCCCAGUGUUUGCUCCGCCCUACAUUCCACUCCCAGAUGGUGUUAAAUUCUAUUAUGAUGGGAAGCCCAUGAAGUUGAGCCCUCAGAGUGAAGAGGUUGCAACAUUCUUCGCUAAAAUGCUUGAUCAUGAGUACACUACGAAAGAUAUCUUUAGGAAGAAUUUUUUCAAGGACUGGAGAAAGGAAAUGAAACCAGAAGAGAAGGCGACAAUAACGGAUCUCAACAAAUGCAACUUUGAAGAAAUGAGCCAAUAUUUCAAGGCGCAGUCAGAGGCUCGAAAGCAGAUGUCCAAAGAGGAGAAACAGAAAUUAAAAGAAGAAAAUGAGAAGCUUGUACAGGAAUAUGGAUAUUGUAUAAUGGACAACCAUAAAGAGCGGAUUGCAAACUUCAGAAUUGAGCCACCAGGGCUCUUCCGUGGCCGAGGGAACCAUCCAAAGAUGGGCAUGCUGAAGAGAAGGAUCAGGCCUCAGGACAUCAUCAUCAACUGUAGCAAAGAUUCAAAAAUUCCACAACCACCUCCAGGCCAAAAAUGGAAAGAGGUCCGCCACGACAACAAAGUGACAUGGCUGGUCUCGUGGACAGAGAACAUCCAGGGUUCUAUCAAAUAUAUCAUGCUGAACCCUAGCUCCAGAAUUAAGGGUGAAAAGGAUUGGCAGAAAUACGAGACUGCGCGAACGUUGAAGAAACACGUUGACAAGAUACGUGCACAGUACAGGGAAGACUGGAAGUCAAAGGAAAUGAAAGUCCGACAGCGUGCUGUUGCACUUUACUUUAUUGACAAGCUAGCUUUGAGAGCUGGUAAUGAGAAGGAAGAAGGAGAGACUGCAGACACAGUAGGUUGUUGCUCUCUGCGAGUGGAACAUAUAAACCUGCACGCUGAGGUUGAUGGUCAGGAAUACGUGGUUGAAUUUGAUUUCUUGGGUAAAGACUCCAUUCGGUAUUACAACAAAGUGCCAGUGGAAAAAAGGGUAUUCAAGAAUCUUCAAUUAUUUAUGGAGAACAAGCAACCUGAAGACGAUCUUUUUGACCGACUCAAUACUUCAAUCCUCAACAAGCAUCUACAGGAGCUAAUGGACGGACUUACCGCUAAAGUAUUCCGUACCUACAAUGCUUCUAUCACCCUGCAGCAGCAGCUGAAGGAACUGACCAACCCGGAUGAAAACGUUGCAGCAAAAAUACUCUCUUACAAUCGUGCCAACAGAGCAGUUGCUAUCCUUUGUAACCAUCAGAGAGCACCCCCAAAAACGUUUGAGAAGUCGAUGCAAAACCUACAGACCAAAAUUGAUGCAAAGAAAGAUCAAAUUGGCCUAGCCAGAAGAGAACUGAAGAGUGCUAAAGCUGACUAUAAAGUCAAAAAAGAUGAAAAGUGUAGAAAAUCUGUGGAAAGCAAAAAGAAAGCCCUCCAGAGACUUGAAGAUCAGUUGAUGAAAUUGGAAGUUCAAGCUACUGACCGAGAAGAGAAUAAGCAGAUAGCUCUUGGGACUUCCAAGCUCAACUAUCUUGAUCCUAGAAUCAGCAUUGCUUGGUGUAAAAAGUGGGGCAUCCCAGUGGAGAAGAUCUACAACAAAACCCAGCGAGAGAAGUUUGCUUGGGCAAUUGAUAUGGCUGAUGAAGACUUCGAAUUUUAACCAUUGAAGUGGCUGAAGCUGGGUGAAACGCAGCCUAAGCCACCUCCCUGCUGGAGGAGAUGCAUUUUUAUGUAACCAGAUAAGAGGAGAACUCUGUGGUUCUGUAGCUACUGUUUUAAGAGGAAGAAAAGCAAAUCAAAAAUAUAUAUAUAUAUAUAUAUAUAUUCGCACUGAUUAGAUUGGUGCAUUUAUACUGUUAGAACCUUGCAAUAACUUUUUUUUAAAUUGAGAACUACGGUCCUGUUUUAAAAAAAAUAUAUAUAUAUCAAAAGUGCACCUGCUUUAGAACUGGUCACUGUUAAGCUCUGGGAAGGAAUUGUGACUGUUCAGCCUGAACUAGAGACUGAAUGCAUAUUACCCUGUAUUUUUUUUCUUUAUUUCUUAAAACAAUUGUCCUGACCCACGCCCUCAAUGGCUAACUAGAACACAAACCCUGGCAUUCAUUAGAUGUGGUAAACUGCAAAAUCUAUUGUAUUAACACCAAUGAUUUUAGAUUUUUACCAGAAGGAUGAUUUUAUGUCAAUAUGUUUUUAGGAAUGACACAGUGGCGGAGCCUGGAGCUUUUGGCGUGGUGGGUGAGCCUGUCAUCUAUAGGAAUUGUCCUUUGAGCAGAGGCAACCCUACCCUUCCUCCUUUCGCUGGUAUGAUACAUCUUGUGCCACUACUGGAGGCAAAGAAAGGGUAGCUCUGUGAGCAAGAUGCUCAGUUGGAGCCCUAAGCUUGGCCUGUCAAAAGACAAUGCGGGGAACAGUCAAUUCAUUGUCAAAACUAGCUCCACCCCCGGGUGUUUUGAACAACCUCUCCACUACCCUGCUCCGCCACUGAAAUUGUGUAUUGCCUUCUCCUCCCAUAAAUUGGUCAAAUAAAUUUUUAAUGGAUGUAUUGCAGGCUGUUUCAAUAUCUACAAUGUAAUGCUUUUAAAACAAAAUCCUUUUUUAUUAAUCGUUUGGGGAAAGUUGCCUAUUUGCAGGUGAACUGAGUUGAAUUCAAUCCGAAGAGGAUUUGAAACUUCUUCACCUGUGUUGCAAGAAGCCCACUAGAACAAAAAAAACAUAAUACUUGAAGAGUUUAUGGGGUCACAUCAUCUGUGUAGUUCACACUCAGUGACCAUGCCGUGUGAGCCAUGUGUUUGAACAGCCAUGGUCUUUCAGUCUCUGAUUGUUGCUCUGGGAAAUUUUGAAUACUGUUUCUUCUGGGGGCAAAUGGGGAGAAAUAAAAAGGCUUUUGAGGAUUUAAUAGGUCAAAAGAAGCAGUGAAAUAUUGGUACUAUCUUAAAUAUUGUAGUAGGUAAAUGGACCAUCAAGAAAUAUUGGGUUUGGGGGGGGAUAAAAAGAAAUGAAAAACAAACCCCAGAGCAACAUUUAAAAACUGUGAAAUUAAUAAUAAUGUGGUAAGUGUGCCGUUGCAUUUCCCAUGCUAACAGUCUAAGCAAACUGUAAUGUGGGGGAGCAUUUGGUAAACAGUGACCUUUUUAGAUCUGGUGUGUGCUUGUGUUUCUUAACCCUUUUUUUAAAAAAAAGGUUUCCUUAUAUGUGACUGAGAUUAAAUCCUUUUUAGACAGAGACAUUCGAUAGUGAUUAACACCCAACAGCAGCUUCAAGCCAGUUGAGGCUUGCAGAGCUGUAAGUUGUAUGUUUAGUUUUUUGGACUUUUGUCAAUGGGGAAGUACCUGCAGCUCGAGGUUUAAUUUACUACGAUUGUAAUUAAUUUUAAAGGUGUGCUGUUAAUUAGUACUUUCUUCCUCGUGCAUUUUAAAGGCUCCUUGCACUCCAUCGAGUAAUUAUUUGGGUUGUCUGAAUAAUUAUUUCCAGAUACUUUGAACCAUUUUAUGAAAAGGACAUCUUAAGAGGCCUUUAUUGCUGUGAAUAUGUAUUUUGUUGUAUUUAUAAAGUUUAAAAAAAGCAUUUCAGCUUGACUUGGGGAAAACAGAAGUAGACAAGUUAACUCGUUCAGAGACCCUGUCACCAAAGAGAAAGGGGACUUGAUUUAAAUGUGUCCACUGGUUUAAGUUGAUAUUUUUUCUUUUUUUUAACUGUGAAUGGUUUUCCUUUUGUUUUUAUGAGACAUGCAACUUUUUAAUGCUUCAACUCAGGUUAGAGAGUGCGCGAGCGAGUGAGAAAGGGUACCAGAAUGAAACUUGCCUACAAUUCCAGUAUUUGUGAUUUUUUUUCUACUUUUCCAUUUAAAAACUCUGCACCAUUUUUGCCUAACUGGACAGCUGACCCGGAAACCUGAAUCAGGAGUGUCAUCAUUAUUUAUUAUUCUAAUUCUGUCUCAAUUUUAGAUGCUGUGCCGCUUGCUGUAAUUGGGAGGGGUUUGUAUAUGGUGGUGCUUGCUCAGUUUAGACAUCAACAGGCGGAACAAACUUUUCUCCUGGUUUCCACUUUUUUUCUCCCCCUCCAACCAACCAAUGUACACACACAACUUUCCCCUAAACCAAACACUCAAUGUCCGUUUGGCCACCCAACUGACUUGAUGCUGUCAUCUUUGGCAAGAGUCCGCCCCAUCUGGUGCUGUCAGUUCCUUCUUGACAUCCAUGGUAUGGACUACAUUACCCAUACCCUGAGUAAAUAAUAUUGAAUUUUGACAGAUUUCAGAUCCAAAUUUUGAUGUGUCCAUUGCUAAGAAUACUUUCUCACAGCUUGUUUGGUAAUUGUGCUUCGUUUUAGAUUGGACUUCCCAACUUGGGGUUCACAGACCUCUCGGUCAACGGUAGAGGUCCAUGGCAUAAGAAAGGUUGGGAAUUCCUGUUUUAGAUGUUGAAGAGUUUGGAGAAGAAUAGUACCGUUUAAAAUUGACAUUUCAAGAGGAUAGUGUGCAGAACAAAAUGUCACAGAAUUAGAUGAAAGCACAGGGUGGUUUCACCAUACCCCACCAUUGCAUUAUCUAUCCAGAAUUCUAGAAGAGGAUUAUAAGUGGAAUUGAUUUGAUAUAGGUACCAUUUCCAUAAAUUUUGGGAAGCUAAGGAAUGGGCACAGAGUAGCCAUAGAGGGUUGGAUGCUUUCCCUGUUUGGACCCAGUUCAAAUCUGUCCUGGAUUACCAAUGAUUAAAGGUAACUUGUAAAGUAACUUUGGGGGUCCUGGAUUACCAAUGAUUAAAGGUAACUUGUAAAGUAACUUUGGGGGUAGGGAGGCAGGCAGACUGCAAUGGCUCCUCAGUCAGUAUUCAUCCACGGGUACCAAAUACAUAAUCCAACACUGACAGGUAGGCUGCCUCACAGGCCAGGAGGUGGCAUAUGAAAGGGGAAUGACUAGGAAGUGGGGUUUAUUUAUUGGGUUUGGGUUAAAGCUAUGCAUUUUUAUUAAGAGUAUUGCAGGAAAAUCUUUAGUUUGCAUCUUAGCUUGUGCUAAUGUAAAUGACAAUACUUGAAGCUGACACUAUAGGAGAAAGUGUUAAUCACUCAGGGCCAGGACUGACUAAACAUACAGUAAGGAAUCUUCUCAAAAGGUGGAAACUGAGUGUGCUUGCUAAUACACAGCAAUAUUGCUUAUUCUGAUUUAAAGCCAACUGUUUGGUUAUCCUCCUGUAACCUACUAGAGUUUGUUAAAAUCUAGAUACUGAAAUUGCGUAUUGUGUGGGAGGGGUGUUAAGGAUCUAAAUCUUCUUUUCUCCCAACUUGUCCCUAUGUAUCCACUCUUCAUACUUAACAAACCUUGGACCUUGCAGUUCUUGCAUACCUUUCUGCUGUGCAUAUGACUGUUUGGUGUGUCAUUGACUGAGGGUGGAAAAUUAAUACAAUAUCUGCACUGAACUCUUGCUAUUACAAUGCUAUUGGGACUCCAGAUGGUAUCAUAAGCAGCCCCAAUAUUUAAAUCUGGGUGAUCUGCAAUGUUUGACAAACUGUUUUCUUGCCUGUUGUCACCUCACUGUUGGAUAGGGAAUGGAAUCUGAUGUCUAACAUCAACAACUGGCUGAACCUUUAGAGCUGUUGAUAGCUAUCUAUAACUAUCAGGCCAAACUCUGUUUACAAACAAAUGAAUCCACAUUGGGCAGGUGCUGUCAUCAUCUCACCAACCUCUAAGACUCCUUCCCUGCUGUCCUGGAUGAAGAUCUGGAACUCUCUCCAUUAACCUGUCAUGCUGUGACCUUCUCCACUUCCGUUUUAAACUCUUGAACAUUUUCCAUGUAAACAUUAUUUCGCUAUCCCUUCACCCAACCCUCAAAAUUUCUUAUUAAGUAGGGAAAAAGCUUGUUAUAAAAUGCACUCAUUAUAAGAGAUGAAAUAUUUUUGCAUUUAAUGUUGGGAGGGUGGG